AUGAAGAGUUGGUGGAAGACGGUAAACGAAGGAGCACAUUUCACGGAGGAUGUUGUUAUUCACGAUAUCGAGAAGAAACGCCCAUUUGUUAAUAUGGCACUUCCAAAUAACAAAUAUGUGGGUUGCGCUGUAGGGACUUGCGGCAAAGGCUUUACCUACCUCGUAAUAUGCGCCUAUGACCAGGGAUUGACUGACCCAUCCCAACCACUUUAUAUGACGGGACCCUCAUGUCCUGAAAAUAACCAAUAUCUCUUCGAUGGGGAUAAAUGUGAUGAUGGACUUAUCGACUCAUCUGACGAUUAA